AUGCCACGCAUUGAGAAUGACAUCAAGUUGGACUUCAAAGAUGUUCUCCUACGCCCAAAAAGGAGCACACUCAAGUCUCGGAGUGAGGUGGACUUAAUGAGAAGCUUCACCUUCAGGAAUUCAAAGGGCAGCUACUCCGGAAUCCCCAUCGUUGCUGCCAACAUGGACACAGUUGGGACCUUUGAGAUGGCUUUAGCUUUACACCGGUUUAGUCUUUUAAAACAACAGUUCACAAGCACUACUCACUAUUGA